AAUCGAUUUUAAACUUUUCCUAACCUACCAAACCAUAAACAUAAGAAUCUCCUAUCUAACCUCGAUAUCCACCGCAUCUUCAAACAACAACCCAAAAUUUCAAUUCUUCUAAAGCACCCUUUUUCACAAAAAUCCCAAUUUCCCAAUCAUCAUAAGCUACUACUAAUUGUUUUCUUCACCAUGCAUUCAACAAAAUUGAUUUUGAUUUUUUUAAUCUCUUUAACAAUAUCAUCAUCAUUAUCAUCAUCUACCUUAAUCCUACAACAACCAGACUCGGUAACAGCAUACGAUCUUCUAAUGGAAUAUGGUUUCCCAAUGGGUCUUCUUCCAAUAGGAGCAAUUGGGUAUUCGUUAAACAGAGAAACAGGGCAAUUUUCUGUGUAUUUUGAGAAAACUUGUACUUUUACUAUUGAAAGUUAUACGCUUAGUUAUAAGAGUACUAUUUCUGGUGUGAUUUCUCAAAAUAGGCUUUAUAAAUUGAAGGGUGUUUCUGUCAAGAUUGUGCUUUUGUGGUUGAGUAUUGUUGAGGUUUCUCGUAAGGGUAAUGAUAUUGAAUUUUCUGUUGGGAUUACUGGUGCUAGUUUUGGAGCUGAGAAUUUCCUUGAAUCUCCUCAGUGUGGUUGUGGCUUUGAUUGCAACGAUGUUCUUCGGUUAAACGGUGACGUUUCUGAUAUUUAGGUUUUUUUUUGUAUUGUGUAUUUGUAUUUUAUGAUGAUGAUUCAAUUUAGGAAUGGAUUAUUGAGCUUUUUUCUGUUGGAAAUUAUAGAUCUAUCUUUAUCUAUGUUAUUAUUGUUUCUUUGAAAUUAAUUAAUAAUAGGUGAAUUUUAUGAGGGUUUAUUUUGUUUCCACUCAUGUGAAUUAGGACUUUUUGGUGAUUUGCUGUACAAUUUGCCUUUGAAUCCAAACAAGGGUUGAUGGCAU